GGGGGCGGGGCCAGGGCGCUCACGUUGGCCCCGCCUACCUACGUCGGGUAUAAAGCCAACCGGUUCGCAGUCUCCCUCUGCUCUUCGAAGGUGUGGUGUUGGUGUGAGCAUGUCGUGCGAGUCGUCUAUGGUUCUGGGUUAUUGGGAUAUUCGCGGGCUGGCGCACGCCAUCCGCAUGCUCCUGGAGUACACGGAUACAUCCUAUGAGGAGAAACGGUACACGUGCGGGGAAGCUCCUGACUAUGAUAGAAGCCAAUGGCUGGAUGCGAAAUUCAAGUUAGACCUGGCCUUUCCUAACCUGCCCUACCUGAUGGAUGGGAAGAAUAAGAUCACCCAGAGCAAUGCCAUCUUGCGCUACAUCGCUCGCAAGCACAAUAUGUGUGGCGAGACUGAAGAAGAAAAGAUUCGAGUGGACAUCAUGGAGAACCAAAUUAUGGAUUUCCGCAUGCAACUGACAAAACUCUGCUACAGCGCUGACCUUGAAAAACUGAAGCCUCAGUACUUGGAACAGCUACCUGGACAACUGAAACAAUUCUCCUUGUUCCUGGGGAAAUUCUCAUGGUUUGCAGGGGAAAAGCUCACCUUUGUGGAUUUCCUCACCUAUGAUGUCUUAGAUCAGAACCGUAUGUUUGAGCCCAGGUGCCUGGAUGAAUUUCCAAAUCUGAAGGCUUUCAUGUGCCGUUUUGAGGCGUUGGAGAAAAUAGCUGCCUACAUGCAGUCUGACCGCUUCUUCAAGACGCCCAUCAACAACAAGAUGGCCCAUUGGGGCAACAAGAGAAUAUGUUGAGCAGGAGGCAGACUUGCUCUGCUUGUUUUGUUCCAUCCCGUCCCUAAGGGCCCUGUACUCCGUCUUCUCUUUUCAAUAAAUAGCACUUAGGCUG